CGGUGUCAGGCCGGGUUGUCCAGCGGCGGUUAGUGUGGGAGCAGCGAGCGCGGCUGAAGGAACCGUCUCCCCGAACCCAACCCCCAACACCCCCUCCCCACCCGCUUCGUCACGCUCACUGCCGGGCGGCACCGCUUGGAAGGUCGGAUUGGUGGGGGGGGUAAAAAAAAUAAAUUAAGAUAUCUUCCAAAAAAAAAAAAAAAAAUUUUUCCCCCCCCCGAAGGACCUAUUUAACCGUUUUUUUUCAAAAAAAAAGGAGCGAAGCCGAAACUAUAACGGUUAUAAAACCGAACCCAAAGAAGAUUGAGGGGAGGGGGUGAACCGCUUAGGUCUUUUUUUUUUCGCGUGGGGGAGGGGGGUAAACUUUGAGGGAUUUUUGAUUCCUUUCCAAACCUCCUCCUCCUCUCCUCUCCUCCUCCUUCAUCCGCGAUGACUUCGGGAGGAGAUUUCGGGAACCCGCUGCGGAAAUUCAAGCUGGUGUUCCUGGGCGAGCAGAGCGUUGGGAAGACUUCACUGAUCACAAGGUUUAUGUAUGACAGCUUUGACAACACUUACCAGGCAACAAUUGGCAUAGACUUUUUGUCAAAAACUAUGUAUUUGGAAGAUCGAACAGUACGGCUUCAGCUCUGGGACACUGCAGGCCAAGAGCGUUUCCGUAGCCUCAUUCCCAGUUACAUCCGUGAUUCAGCUGCAGCUGUAGUAGUUUACGAUAUCACAAAUGUAAACUCCUUCCAACAAACGACAAAAUGGAUUGAUGAUGUCCGAACAGAGAGAGGAAGUGAUGUCAUCAUCAUGCUUGUGGGAAAUAAGACAGACCUUGCGGAUAAAAGGCAAGUUGCUAUCGAGGAAGGAGAAAGAAAAGCCAAAGAACUGAAUGUAAUGUUUAUUGAAACUAGUGCUAAAGCAGGCUACAAUGUAAAACAGCUUUUCCGACGUGUAGCUGCUGCCUUGCCUGGAAUGGAAAGCACACAGGAUAAAAGCCGAGAAGACAUGAUUGACAUAAAACUGGAAAAGACCCAAGAACAACCGGUCAGUGAGGGAGGCUGCUCCUGCUAAUACUGGCUCUGUAAGCCACUGCUUAUCUGUCAUUACCAUCCACCACAGUGUGAAUAUUGGCUAGUAAUCUUACCCUGUUGGUAAAGUAUUGCAAUUCAUCAUUGCUGGCUGUCUUGUAAUUGAUCUAUUAGCUUCACAAGCACAAACGUGGAGAGAAUGUCAGUGUCUUCAUUGGAAAUAAAAAAAACAAAAAAAAUGAAUUGCCAAAAUUCCACUUGCAUCAGUUUACUUUUAAUCGGAAGACACAUUUUGUUCUUUGCGUUGUAUAAUGUUGCACUUUUAAAUGAUGGAACUCUGUAACUGUUUUAUGUGAAGGACAGUAAAUGCAGAUAACAUCCGAAUGCUAAGUGGCUUUGUGAGUGACUACAUUAUCUGAACAAUGAGACACCAGUGAAUUAGACCGUAAUUGUUUUAAAGUAAUGGAUCAACAGUUGUGAUCUAUUGACAAUAUCUAUUUCUCAAGGGUGCAAAGAGAACUGAGGAAUUAAUUUACACUUCGCACCAUUUGCAACAUUACAAAAAAUAAUUUUAACUGCAAUUCCAGAGUGAGCGAUGCAAACUCAAAUUUAUCAUGUGCACAAUUGAACAAUAUUGCAAUUUUUUUAUUUUUUCUGUUCCUAUUCAGCACCUUCUGAGCCCAUCUUUUAUAGAAGAGGUUCUUUCAACUAAAAUGGGAGUGGCUUUUUGAGAGAUGUGCAUUUUCAGAUAACUCUGCACAAUUUGCUCUGAAAAUUUUCAAUUUGAAAUCAGAAGGAAAAAAAAACCCCAACAAACGAGUGUUUGUAUGAUGUGGAGUGAAAGUUCUCUGCUCACUUAACAAGCAACUUCUCCAGCUUACAAAGUAUCAUUUAAGCUGUGCGUAUCGAAGGAAGAGAAACUUUCACAUGCAGGACUUGUAAAAUUAUGCAUCCUUUAUGCCUUCUUUUGGUCUAGGGCUUCCAUAUUGGCUAGGCUUUUUGUAGUUAUAUAUAGUUUUGUUAACCUACCUGGAAUCAGAUUAGCAAUGUUAUUUAACUGGAUUGUUUAACUCCCCUGUUUAAUUUAUUCCAUUGCUCAGUAUUUUUGAACUUUUUUUAAGAUUUAAAAAUGCUUACAAUUCGAUUAGAUUUUGUCAUGUUCUUUGAUUUUCCCCCCCACCACCACCACCACCCCUUUCAUUUUGCGUAGAAUUUUUUUCAUUCUGACUUUGUUUCUGAUCUCGAGUAUUAAAGUGUGUUUAGGCAAAAUGGUUGUGGGGCAGAGGAACUGUUUCCAGUUAACAGUGUACACACACCUAUUCUGCGUUUUGCAUUAUUGGAGAAAUUAGAUCCAUAUGAAACUGUGCCGUGCCCUCCAGUUAGGAUUUUCUGCAUCCUUUUUAAGUGCCUACACCCCUAGAAUUGUUUUAAUAGGGCUGGAGGUACAGUUGGGUUUAUUGUUGCUAAACAUCAUAUAAUUCUGCCUUACGUUUGGUGUGGCAUACACAGGCAUAGAUAGUUUGCAGUCUUCAUGAAUUUGACUCCUGCACUCCUGGAAAUGGCAGCCUUCCCCUGCAGACUCGAACUGUAAUGUAUUGUAAAUUCUCGCUUAUCCAUUGUUAGGUUCUUUUUUCUCCCUCAAUUUUGUUAAUGAACUAUUGUGUAAAACGGUGUGGCUUGGGUUUUUUGUUUGUUAUUUUAAUUUUAUUGUUAAAAGUAUGUUUUGUGAAAACACUUUCUCCUCGGAGAAUGAGAAAUUGAAUUUAACACUAAAUCACGUUGUCAUGCAAUUUUAUUUCUGAAAAUAUUUAAAUAAUUAUCCAAGCUUAUCUGGUGAAGUUCUUUGACCAAACAAAAGCAUGAUGAUUAUCAGAGUUUCUUAGUACACUGACGAUUAACGAGCUUGUGAACACCGUUUCGAGAGCAGCAUUGUUUCUUUAUGAAAGGAAACUCCUUUCACAAACUGAGCUCUCAAAGCUUCUGUGGUACAGUUUUGUGCAGUUUCAAAAAAUGCUUGGUUUCUGACAAACUAUGGCUUGUUCUCUGGCUUGACUGUUGUGUACCCAUGCAACUGUUUAUUCAUUACUAAGUUUAUGUAUGUCUUGGUACCAUGACACCCUUGAAAUUACAAAAAAAGAUUUUUGUCUUUGAACAUCACUAGUACCUCAGCUCUGUUUGAUAAUGUACAAAAACCCAAAGCCUGAACAAAAUAAACACCUGCCUAUUCAAAUA